AAUGCUGCAAACCGGGUAGGGGGAGAUGAUGGGGGACGGAGACCGUAGCUUUAAAGAAAUCAAUGCUCCAACUAUUACCCCACCGCUCAGUCAGCCUAAAAGAUCAAAAAAACGCCAUGCAAAUUUAACAUUGGAUAAAAUGAUGGAAAAAUUCCUGCAGCAGAGCGUGGAUACGGAAGAGAAAUUUUACAGAUACGAAGAGCAGAGGCUCAAAAUUGAGGACAAGCGUCGGGAAGCUGAGCACGCUCGAGAGCUCCAGAUGUUACAGAUGUUGGGACAGAUGUUGGCAGGAAUUUCUUCUACGGUAUCACAAAGGUCACAGUCUAUACCAGCGAGUCCACCUCAGAGAGCGAACCAUCGUUCAUAUGGGGAUAACUUUAAUUAUAAUGCUAUGACAGCAGCACUUUCUCCACCGAUAGUUAUAGAGAGAUCUUUUUCACUGCACAGAACACACUCUCUAAAGGAUAUGGAGAAUAUUUUUCAACUGGUGCGCAAUGUUAUCCCUCCUCUAACAGGGAAAAGGCAUAAAGGUCAAGAUGGACGUAUAGGCAUUGUUGGAGGAUGUCAAGAAUACACUGGAGCACCGUAUUUUGCUGCAAUUACAGCUCUCAAAGUGGGUGCAGAUUUAUCCCAUGUGUUUUGUACCAAAGAUGCAGCAACAGUAAUCAAAUCAUAUAGUCCAGAGCUGAUUGUUCAUCCAGUUCUCGAUAGUCCUAAUGCUGUCCAUGAGGUGGAAAAGUGGUUACCACGACUGCACUCAGUUGUCAUAGGACCUGGCUUAGGUAGAGAUGAAGUUCUACUUGAGAACGCUAAGGGUAUUAUAGAAAAAUCGAAAGUCAAAGGAAUUCCUAUCAUUAUUGAUGCUGAUGGACUGUGGCUCAUUUCCCAGCAGCCUUCUCUCAUUCAAGGCUACCAGCGAGCUAUUCUUACUCCAAACUAUAUGGAGUUUAGUAGACUGUAUGAAGCCAUGCUUAGAGACCCCGUAGACAGUAGUGAUCACCAUGGAUGUGUAUUAAGACUCAGCCAAGCCAUGGGGAAUUUGACAGUUGUUCAAAAGGGAGAAAGAGAUCUUAUUUCAGAUGGAGAGAAAGUACUUGUAUGCAGUCACGAAGGAAGCAGCCGGAGAUGUGGUGGACAGGGGGACCUCCUUUCCGGUUCUCUUGGAGUCUUGGCGCACUGGGCAUUUCUUGCUGGAGCAGAAAAAACGAAUGGUCAAAAUCCCUUUCUAGUGGCUGCAUUUGGAGCUUGCUCUCUUACGAGGCAGUCUAACCACCAAGCCUUUCAAAAAUUCGGACGUUCAAUGACUGCCUCUGACAUGGUCUCAGAAGUUGGAACAGCUUUUAACAAACUUUUUGAAACCUGAAGCCACAGCGGCAGAGAAGAAAAAAAGGAAGAACAAUGACUGCAAGAGUAAUUACAUUUACCGUAGAAUUUACAUAAGUAAUGCACCCUUUCAAGUGCUGUAGCAGCAUUGGUAUGCUAGGUAGAUUUUUUUUUUUUAUUUUUAAGAAUAGAAAAAUAUGAUUAAUGUAGAUAUUUUUUAAGAGUUUGGAAUACAAAAAUGUUUUGGCUGAAAUAAGCUGUAGUUGCAGAUCUGUUAUAAUAUAAUAAAACUAAACUGAAAGUAUUCCUCUGUUCUUUUUGAUAGUUAUUGAGCAAUAACUAAAGUGUGAACAGCAAAAAAAAAAAAAAAAAAUGCACUUGAUACUUAGAUAAAAUUCUUCCACCAGCUCAACUGAAUUUCUUGGAUUGCGCCAAGGUUGUCAUGUUUUCAUUCUUAGACCCUCUGUCUAGAAUUAGCUAUUGCACUUCAUUUUUUGCCACGCUAGUCUAUUAAGAAGCAAAAAGUAAGCCUCUUCGGAAAGGGAAUGCGUGAGAGUUGCUGUAGAUUUUGAAUGUAAUUAGUUGCCUUUUCCCAUUCCCGGUCCCAGAGGCAGCGUUCAUUUUGACAAGACACCCCUGCCUGCAACGUCCUGGUGGUUCGGUGGUUUGUUUUGUUGGUUUUUGUAAAGGUUCCCCCACCGCAGAAUACGGAUAUACUGUAGGUGUCUUAGCAUUAAACAGUAAUUGUGCUUACCUGAAAAAAAAUACUUUCUAUUCCUUUAGCUGGCCGUGACUCAUUUAGAACUCGAUUUGAUGAACUUUGUGAAAUUAUCAUUUGGAGAGGUACUAGACAGGGUAAGAAACUUAGCGAUACCUGACUGAACUGGUCAAACUCUCGGUGAUCAUGGAGGAGCGAAGUGCUUUUAAAACUCAAACGGCCUGCUGAGUUAGAGCUCUGAGAAGACCAGCGUACAGAUACCUCGGUGGCUAGCUAUUAACCAGCGGGAAUAUGAAUUGAAGGAACAAAAGGCAGGCGACAGCACGUACCCGUACCCUCUGAGUGCUGUGCAGGCAGCUGUACGCUGGAAGUCAGGAAUAGAAACGUGGUGGUCGGUGCUCGAGCUCCGAGCGCAGCACCGGGGCUUAGGGGCUUUUUGCGGGAUCCUUAGCAAGAUGGGUACGGCCCUAACAGCAGAAGUCCCGUCUGUCAUCUGGCUCGUUGGCAGGGCAGAUGAGCGUCGGGUAUAAAGGGGGAGUUGCGUGGGAUUUUGCACAGUAUCGUUUCUUAAAUUUUUGGAAAUUCAGUCAAAGCUUGUAGGGAUCGAACCAAUAUGGAGAGAGGGGCAAGUUCACGCAAAGUACGUUUGAGUGGGUCCUGCCCUUAAACCGACAGUCUAGCUCCAAGUGUAUAUCCUCGCCAAAGCGCAGGAACAAGGGUAGAACGUGUCUGGUUAUUGCGGUAGAUGUUAUAUAUUCAUUGCAGCCGCUCUUUUCCAGCAGUCUAGCUCUAGGUUGGAAUGCGGUGUCGUGCAGACUGGUCAGGCGGCAUUCUCGUACCUUGCAAUAGCUGCCCGCAGGAAGCACUUGGGAUGGGAAAGGCUGCUCCGGGUAUUUCCCUUCAGCCCUUAGAGUUGAUAUUUCUGGAUGCACUGUGACUACUACCUCACCCCGAUGCAUUUUCGUUUUUCUUUUUAAACCAGUUACCUAUUUUUAAAAUAGGUUUUUAAAUGUUUGCUCAUUUUGGUCUAUGAGGGUUCACAGACUUUAGAUUAGAGCAACGUCUGCUCAUAAGAGAUGGGUCUUUGGUGUUUAAUUUAAGCAGUUUUGUAAACUGUCUACAGGGAAACUAAGCUACUAUUGUUUUUCCCCCUCUAACUCUUUUUGAAGCCCGGCUCCUUUUAAAUAUAAUCAAAAAGUUAAAACUGAUUUUAAAAAAGCUACUGGCUUUCCUUUAAAAUGAGCGGGUUCUUUGUAUUUAGAACAUCAGUGGUAUUAUAAUCUAAAUGGCAUUUGUAGGCGAAGUCAAUCAAUUAACAGAGCUCAGUACAGAUUUCAACCUGCCGUGUUGGUUUUAAAUCUACGCAGAAGUUGUAACUCUGUUAUUCACUAAUGUAUACAAAUUGUUACAAUUUUUAAACAUUCUGGAAAUGUAGCAGUUUCUUUUGGUAGGAAAUAAAAAUAAUAGGAAAU